AUGGUUCGAUCUGCGGAUAUCCGGCGGGAGCCCUCCGCGGACAGGCCUCGGCUUGAUUCUCCGGAUCUGCGGCUCAUCCCAUCUUCCUGUGGUCUUGUGGCUCCAGCUGCUGGCAGGCUGGCGAGCUCAGAGACCUGCCUCUUCAUCCAGAGUCUUGCUGCCCUCAAGCAGCUCACGACGACGACGGAGCUCAAGGUGGUGUGCUUUGAAGCCAGGAGCGGGCCCGCUGGAGUCUGGAACCUGGAGAGCACGAAGGGCGAUGGCCGGGUCGGCUUCGACCGGGCGGGCGUGCCGUCUGUCGAGCCGCCGCCGAUAGACGCCUCGCCGGUCUACGCCGGCCUGCACACCAAUGUGCCCAAGCAGCUCAUGGCCUUCCACGGCCAGCCCUUCGUCACCAAGCACCCAGCAAGAAGCUUCCCGCCUGGCCACAAGGUCUCCACCUACCUGCUCGAAGCUGCCCGCGGGCUAGAGCCCCUCAUCCGCUUCAAUUCCCUCGUCUAA